CGGGGCCUGGGCGGGCCGUGCAGAGCCGGCAUGGUGCGGACCAGGGCGGACCAGCGCGGCGGCGCCUUCCGCAAGGUGUUGGGCGCCCGCGCUCCCCGGAAGGCGCUGGGCCCCGCCAGCCUCAACGCGGGACCGCCGCCGCCGGUCAGGAAAGGUGACCGGCGCCCCGUGGGGCUGAACCCGGUGUGUGUGCGACCGGUCCCCGCCUGGCAGAGAAGCAUCGGCGAGUUCCUGCAGCUCCCGCCCAAGGAGAACCGGGCGCCCGACGGAGCCGUGGCCGGGAGCAGCGGCCUAGGAGCUCGACCCCUCCCACCAGAUCCUGCCGAAGAUGGAGAGUCCUCUGAGGAGGAGUAGACAUGAUCUGACCUCAGUUUUCAUGAUAAACUGCUCCUCCUAUUUGAGCUGUUUUUGGACACUUUUAUAGUUUUUUAUAAUUUGUUAUGGCUUACCUUCAGCUGUUGUACAGGACUAAAAGUCUGAGAGACAGCAGGAACACUGUGGAAAAAUUAAUUUAUACAUUUUGGCACUUAGCAUUCAGUGUAAAUCAUUGGUUUAUUUUUUAUCUGGGUUUCCUUGAGUUCCUCGGUGCUUCCUGCAUGUCAGGCAGCUUUUAUCUUUCAUCUUCUGAUUGCCUUGUGCUUGUCCAGGACCUUGGUUCUGUUUUUAGAAAGCAGAUCGUCUUUUUUUUUUAAUACACUGAAGUCUUCUGAGCACACACCCCUGCCAAGUCUUCAUUGAAAAAGCUGUUAAUGAAGAUUUUUUUGUCCAAAGAUGGGAAACAGGAUUUGGAAAGACCUCAGGGAGGUGGAUGGGCAGAUGGCACUUGCUAUGACUAGAGGUGGAGUUUAAUUAAAACAAACUGGAUUGUUCUAAAGAAUCAAAACCCCAAAAACUUGGAGAGCAAUAAAAGGCUAAAACUAAAUUAAA